UUACAAUUGUGUCUUCAGAAAUUAACUAAUUAGUGAUUAAAGAAGAGAAAGUAAUUGUAAUAAAUUCUCGAAAUUUCUUGGCUUAAUGGUUAAUUAUCGAAAGUUACUUGAUAUUUGUAUAAAAGACUCCAACGUAUCGAUAUUAAGUAAAAUAUAAAUCCCUUUACUCAAAAUUAUUUUGGAUUCAUAGUGUUAAUUUGUUGAGAAUUUGUUUCUAAUGAUUAUCUUUAUUCCUUAUUAUUAUUUGAUUAUCAACCUGGAAUUGUAAUAAUUAACUGGAUGGUUUCUUGUGACUCUAUUCAAAAGUUUUUAUUUGGAAAAUAAGUGACUGAUUCCCUUAAAAAACGAGAAAAAAACAAAACCGAUUUAAAUUGGAAAAGAAAACGAUUUGAUUACUUUUUUUUCUCAGCUUUAACAACUGAACUAAUCAAAUAUGAACAAUAAAUAACUAAGAAAGUGUUAUUUUCUUAACAAUUAAAUGGCUUCUAUUUCUUCUGAUGGAUUUACUCUUGUUAAUCGGCAAAAGAAAAGUAGAUGGAGAAAGUGUUCCAAUCAAUCAUCAUCUCUAAAUUAUUUACCAAUUGACAUGGAUAAUGAGACAAUUCCUAAUGAUUAUCAACAAUUUACUGGAAAAUUAAAGUCAAAACUAGAGAAUUGUAUUCACUUCCUGAAUAAGAGUCGAUUUACUGAUCAAGUGGCUCAAUGUUUAUCAAGAAACAAACAAAAGUUUAACUUACCUGAUAGAGAAACUGACACAAUCAAUUGUUUGGCUGCUAAUUUAGCUAAUUGCUCUUUAAACCAGUUCAGUGAAAUAGUAUCUUAUGGAAUUGGUCAUUUCUCAUCAUCAAAAGAUUCACUCUAUCAACUUGCUUUGCUUUUAAUUCUCAAGACUGAUUGUAUUCUAACCUGUGAUCUUUGGCUCAUUUACGAUCCCGUUUUUACCGAAUACGAGAAAAAAUUUCUAAUCGAAAAUGGAUUCAAUUUGAUUGAUGUCAAUGAAAAAGGAGCUAAAUCAGUUACCACAAGAACCCUUUUCUUUAUGCCCCAUUGUCCACUUCCAAUGUACAACAAUUUACUUUGGGCUAAUUGGUUACCAAACAAUUUGAAUCAAAUUGUCUUAUUAGGAACAAGUUUCAAUUCUCUGGUCAACUCUUUCAUCUCUAACGACCAACAAGCCGAAUACUCUUAUUUAAUUGGCAUCACUGAAAGUAAAUUAAUCGAUGAAUUUAAAUUGGACCCACCUCGAGAUAUUUACGAAGCUUUUAAUGAUCUUAGUGUCCAUUUUUUUACUCAAAUCAACGAUGAUGAUGAACAUACGAAUUUACUAUCGAUUGCUAAUUGUGAUCCAAAAAAGAAACCAAUCUAUUCAGAUGAUGUAUUUUCCAAAGAAAUGAUCGUCAAUUAACUGUGAUUGUCAUUGAGAAACCAUAUGAUUAGUUAAUUGGUCUCAUUAAUCUCUUACAACUGUCAGUUGAUUGUAUCACUUAUGCUAAUACACUUACAUUGAUGAUGAUUAUGAGGCAACAACAAUUGACCCUGAAUAAUUUUUAACAUCUUGUUAAAUGAUCAAUCUUAUUAAUCUUAAGUGCUCUUCCAUAAUCUUAACAAAGUCAAUGUACUCAGGCCAAUUGCAAUUCUCUUAAUUAACAUUCCUCACCCAGAAUCGAAUCAAUAAUCAAGUUUGGCGCUCGAAAUCUUGAUAACUCUGAAUGGAAUCAACUUUUGUUUGUUUAUCUUUACAUCAAAUGUUGUAAUGUCACUUGUUAUCUUUUUAUGGAAUUAACUUUUGUUAAUUAAAUAGAUUGUUUUCUAAUCUAA